AUGGUGUCUGGUGUUUGGUCUGAUGAUGGCAAUAUGCAGCUCGAGGCAACCACACAGUUCAGAAAGUUGCUCUCGAUUGAGCGGAGCCCUCUGAUUGAGGAAGUCAUACAAGCUGGAGUUGUUCCACGAUUUGUCGAGUUUCUAACGAGAGAGGACUUUCCCCAACUUCAGUUUGAAGCAGCUUGGGCGCUUACAAAUACUGCUUCUGGAACAUCUGAGAAUACUAAAGUUGUGAUUGAUCAUGGUGCUGUACCGAUAUUUGUAAAGCUUCUGGGUUCACCAAGUGAUGAUGUCCGCGAGCAGGCUGUAUGGGCUCUAGGAAAUGUGGCUGGGGAUUCUCCAAGAUGUCGUGAUCUUGUGCUUGGCAAUGGAGCUUUGCUUCCACUGCUAGCUCAACUUAAUGAGCAUGCAAAAUUAUCGAUGCUUAGAAAUGCUACAUGGACAUUGUCGAACUUCUGUCGUGGGAAGCCACAACCUCCAUUCGACCAGGUUAAGCCUACUCCUCCAGCCCUUGCACGACUUAUUCAUUCUAAUGAAGAGGAGGUAUUGACUGAUGCCUGUUGGGCACUUUCAUAUCUAUCUGAUGGUACCAAUGACAAAAUUCAAGCUGUCAUUGAAGCUGGUGUUUGCCCUCGUCUGGUUGAACUCUUGCUGCACCCUUCUCCUUCUGUUCUCAUUCCCGCACUUCGGACUGUUGGAACUAUUGUCACUGGUGAUGAUUUGCAAACUCAGUGUAUCAUCAAUCAUCAAGCACUUCUUUGUCUUCUCAACUUGCUGACCAACAACUAUAAGAAGAGCAUCAAGAAGGAAGCUUGCUGGAAUAUCUCUAACAUAACUGCUGAAAAGGAGCCUGUUUUAGCCGCAACGAAGCUAGUUUUUGAAAGAGUUGUUCAUACCGAUAAAUCAUUGGCUGCCUUGUGGAAUUGUGCUCUAAUCUGUCUAUGUUACUCUUGGGUUGUGCUUAUUCGGAUUCCAUUUGUGUUCAACCAGCCUUUGUGUCUGCUAGCUGCGGAGUUGGUUGCGAUGUUCUAUCAAACUCUUCCACUAUCUGAAGACUGUAACUCACAUGAGCGCUGCUGUCCAACUCCCAGAACCGAGGCUGAUGUCCCACUCCUAGAUAUUGGCCAGGCAAUUAUGUACAAUAGAUUCUGGCUAGGCGAUUUGUGCACAAGGGAAACCAGGUGGAGUUGCACAUUCUUGUGCAGUGGAUGCAUCAGUCACCCGAGGAAGCUAUUUGGGAUGACUUGCUUUCCUUCAAAGCACUGCAUCCUACUUUUCCAGCUUGAUUAUAGCUUGAGGACAAGCUGUCUCUGA